CUGAUUUACUUUUAUUUUGAAUGCUUUCUCAUUACUUUUGCCCUGCUGAGGCUUGAGCUUGCUGGACUUUCUGAUCUCCAUUCUGCCUGCUCUUGCUGCCUUCACUUUCCAGGAAGGCAAAGCCUUGGUCUGAGGGGGCUGCACCCAGCUGAGCAGAGAGAGGAUCCCAGGCCCUGCCAGGACUCAAGGCCAAGCUCCUGCCUGCUGUCCCUAAGCAGAGUCAUCAUGCCUCGCCACCGCCACCACCAUCCCAGGAAUCAUCGCCGCAGACGUGAACAUCGGGCCCAAGGAGAGGUGCAGGCCCCAGAGGAUGCACAGGGUCCCAGUGCUCAGGAGGAGGAAGCGGCUGCCUCCUCCUCUGCUGUGGUCCCGGGCACCCUGGAGGAGGUGCCAGCUGGUGCCACAGCGAGUCCUCCCCAGAGUCCUGAAAGAGCCUCCUCCUCCCACACUGGCCUGGCCCCCACUCUUGAGCGCCAGUCCAGUGACGGCUCCAGCAGCCAGGGAGCAGAGGGGCCAAGCACCUUGCUGGAGCUGGCAAACCACGAAUCCUUGCUGCAAGAUGCCAUAGAAGAUAAGAUAUCUGAUUUGAUUCAUCUCCUGCUGUUCAAGUAUCGAAUGAAGGAGCCCAUCACCAAAGAAGAAAUGCUGAAUAGUGUCAUCCAAGAUUACAGAGAUCAUUUCUCUGAGAUCUUCAGGGAAGCCUCCGAUUGCUUGCAGCUGAUCUUUGGCGUUGACGUGAAGGAAGUGGAGCCUGCCAGCCACUGCUACGUCCUCGUCACCUCCGUGGGCCUCACCUACCACGAGGAGCUGAAUGAUGAGUACAGCCUGCCCAAGGUUGGCCUCCUGAUAAUGAUCCUGGGUUUGAUCUUCAUGGAAAACAACUGCGCCCCAGAGGAGGUCAUCUGGGAUGCUCUGCGUGUGAUUGGGGUGGAGCCUGAGAGGGAGCAUUACAUCUAUGAGGAGCCCCGGAAGCUCAUCACCCACAACUGGGUGCAGGAAGGUUACCUAGUAUACCAGCAGGUGCCCCAGAGUGAUCCUGUGCGCUAUGAGUUCCUGUGGGGUCCGAGGGCCCUUGCUGAAACCACCAAGAUGAAAGUCUUGGAGUAUGUGGCUAAGAUCAAUGGGACCAAUUGCAGGUCCUUCCCACGCCUGUAUGAAGAGGCUCUGAGAGAUGAGGAAGUGGGAGAGGGUGCAGGAGUUGCUGCCGGGGGUGAAGGGUGGGCCAGGGCCAGUGAGUAA